AUGUCGGGCAGGGGACCUAGGGGUGGUCGCGACGUCGGACGUGGCAGGGGACGGGGUAGAGGCAAGACACAUAUACGGGAGUGGGAAUCGUACACCCCUGGCGCUGAAGUUUACGAGCAGCUGUGGCGCGUUCGCAAAGAGCCUGCCAUUGUUACCGCACGACUACCCAACGACUGCCCCAUUCCGAAUGCGCGAACACGAAUACUGUAUCGUCGGCAGACCCAGGACACUAUCAAGCGAGAGCAAUACACUGUAGAGAUAAAAUAUACCAGUGAAGCUGGGGACGGACAUGAAAGUCCUAAUCGCACAGAGGUUGAGGAUGUGGACUUGCGAUGUAUAAUGCAAUUCGUUUCUCCAGCCGAACUGGAACGAUAUGAAACGGAGCAGUUCAGACUCGAGGCAGAGGCAGAGGCCAUUGCAAUACGCACCGAGGCCGAAGAACUGGCGCGUCGGCAACUGCACAAGAAUGCUAAAGCACCAAACACUAAUAAAGGAAGUCGUAUGCUCAGUGGAUUGGGUCUUGCUGUCCGACCACCCACACGAGCCAGAGGUCGGCCAAGAGGACGUCAUGGAAGAAGUAGGGGAAGAUUGGGAGGCUUGGUGUUGAGUUCUCGGCAACUUGAAGACGACGUGCGCGAAGAGUUGGUGGACAGCGAGCCUGUUACGACUAAUCGCCAAACCGAACGCACUGGAAAGCCAAUAUUGACGUCGCCCGGUUUGAUGCGUUCAGCCUUUGUCGCUAACAGCGCCCUGCCGGUAUCGUCACUACCAAGGAGGCUCUCUACUUCUCUUCCCUGGCAGAAACAUACAGAGCUUUUAGUCCUAGAAGAUCAGGUGGACCAGGCGCUCGCUAGCCACGAUGCAAGGCCCGUGACCAAUGUUCCAGUGCACUUGCGCGACUCACUAAUACCUGCAGUCGAAGUCGAGGGUGAGAACAUCAAUACAGAUCAUCCAUGCACUAGACCACACAGGAUGGGAAGCAUAUUUUCGUCUGAACACCCCUCUGUCACACCCGCUCUCUCACCAUCUACCGACAAAUUUUCCUUAGCAGGCACCCGCGCAGUUCCGUUGCCCACACAAGCAUCUAGUCCCUCUAUUGCACCGGGCACAAAGCCGGACGACAUGUUUUCACAGACACCGCUUUUCUUUGAUCGAUCGUCGAUUGCAGCAUCCGAUUCAGAUGACACAAUACCUGCACAGCCACCGCCGCCGCAUCACGAACCCAACAAUGACGUGAACAACGACACUAUGCACAUGCACACCGCGCAACCAGACCGCCAUUCACUCGAGUACGACAAUAAUGACGACGAUGCGGAUGCAGACGGCGCAGAAGAGUACGUGGUCGAAGCCAUCGUGGAGCACUUCCAAGAGGAUGGGAAGAACUAUUAUCUUGUUAAAUGGGAUGGAUAUGAAGACAGCCAUGAUUGGCUUCCCGAAGAAGAUCUCGAGGGUGCUGCGGAUCUAGUCGCUGAAUACAACGAGCGGAUUGGAUGGAGGAAUAAAAAGGUGAGGAUGAGGUAA